AAGAUGAUGAAUAUCAGGAGGAUUCUGAUUCUACAUUUAUAUCUCGAAGACGUGUAAAUAGGUAUAAAAAUCGACCAAAACCCAACAUAAAUCUUUCUGAUGACAAUUCUGAACAAAGUGUUGAUGAGCCUUCUGAAUCUUCUGAAUUUACUACCGAAGAUGACAAUAUUUCAG